GGAGGAGGUGGGAGUGUCCAGCGGGGGCCUGGAGUGAGCAUUCCCGAUAGCCUGCACCCCCAAAAGGGACUGGUGUUUUGAACUGGAAGCUGGGAAAAUAUCUUAAGUGCGCCAGCCAAAGGAGGAGUACUUGUUCCUCAAGGGCGCACGGUCACUGCGGCUUUUCACUGCCAAUUUGUUUUUAGAGCGGGACUCUCGUCUGAGGUUUACUAAUCUCGGUCUUGGCCCCCAAACCUCUGGCCCUUUGGGGACAUAACAGGUGAGUUCUGCGCUCCGCUCGCGUCCCAAUUCUUGUGCUCCUGUUCACGCAGCGGCCUAGUCCCCGCAGCCUCGUCAUGUUUCCCUGGGGGCUGAGCUGCCUGUCGGUGCUUGGGGCGGCCGGCACCGCUCUCCUGUGCGCCGGCCUGCUGCUAUGCCUGGCCCAGUACCUCUGGACCCUCCGCUGGAAGUUGAGCCGGGACCGGACCUCUGCCCUGCCUCUGCCCAAGGGUUCCAUGGGCUGGCCCUUCUUCGGCGAAACGCUGCAUUGGUUGGUUCAGGGCUCGAGUUUCCACAGUUCCCGCCGGGAGCGCUACGGCACAGUGUUCAAGACCCACCUGCUGGGCAGGCCAGUGAUCCGCGUGAGCGGUGUGGAGAACGUGCGCACCAUCCUGCUGGGUGAGCACCGCCUGGUGCGCAGCCAGUGGCCGAAGAGCGCUCACAUCCUUCUAGGCUCCCACACACUUCUCAGUGCGGUUGGUGAGCCUCACCGGCGGCGGCGCAAGGUGCUGGCACGUGUGUUCAGCCGCACCGCACUGGAGCACUACGUGCCGCGCCUGCAGGAGGCGCUGCGGCGUGAGGUGCGCUCCUGGUGUUCUGCCCGCGGACCCGUAGCUGUCUACCAGGCUGCCAAGGCGCUCACCUUCCGCUUGGCUGCGCGCAUCCUGCUGGGUCUGCGGCUGGACGAGGUGCGGUGUGCCGAGCUGGCCCGGACCUUUGAGCAGCUGGUGGAAAACCUCUUCUCACUGCCCCUGGACGUGCCUUUCAGCGGUCUGCGCAAGGGCAUCCAGGCCAGAGACCAGUUGCACAAGUACCUGGAGGAGGCCAUUGCCGAGAAGCUUCAUGAAGAUACAGAGGCAGAGCCAAGAGAUGCCUUCAACCUGAUCAUUCACAGUGCUAGGGAGCUGGGUCAUGAACUGUCAGUGCAGGAGCUGAAGGAGUCCGUUGUGGAGCUCCUCUUCGCCGCCUUCUUCACUACGGCCAGUGCCAGCACGUCCCUCGUUCUGCUGCUACUGCAAAAUCCGGCGGCCAUCGCCAAGAUCCAGCAGGAGUUGGCAGUCCAAGGGCUGGAACGCGCGUGCAGUUGCACGCCUGGGGCCUCCGGGCCAGGGCCAGACUGUGGUUGCGAGCCUGACCUCAGUCUCGCGGUGCUGGGCCGUCUGCGCUACGUAGACUGCGUAGUCAAGGAGGUGCUGCGCCUCCUGCCGCCGGUGUCCGGGGGCUACCGCACAGCGCUGCGCACCUUUGAGCUGGACGGCUACCAGAUCCCCAAAGGCUGGAGCGUGAUGUACAGUAUCCGGGACACGCACGAGACCGCAGCUGUGUAUCGUAGCCCGCCGGAAGGCUUCGACCCGGAGCGCUUUAGCGCAGCGCGUGAAGAUGCUCCGGGCACCUCCGGCCGCUUUCAUUACAUCCCUUUCGGUGGCGGAGCGCGCAGCUGUCUCGGCCAGGAGCUGGCACAGGCAGUACUGCAGCUACUAGCUGUGGAGCUGGUGCGCACCGCUCGCUGGGAACUGGCCACGUCCGCCUUCCCGGCCAUGCAGACGGUGCCCAUCGUGCACCCGGUGGACGGGCUUCGGCUCCUCUUCCACCCGCUCGCGCCUCCGGCCUCAGGGAAUGAGCUACACCUCUGAGCGGCGGCGCUGCGAGACUUGGCUUGCCCAGUGGCUGCUGCGCGCCCUACAUCCCGCGCGCAUUCACCCGUCACUAAUUAGUUUAACAAACCUUCACCGAACGUGUCUCGGUGCUGGACUUUAGCGAGUAAGAAGUCAUGCCACCGCCAUCGAGUCAAAGCGCCGUAGAGAGUACGUGGAUCGCGGGCCCGCGGCGGGGGUUACCCAGAGACCAGGCGCACGUGGUGGGAACUACAAUACUUUCGAGGAAGCCAAAUCGCCGGGGGGCCAUUCCUGAAUUGAUUUGGGUCCUUGAGAAAAAACACCAAAAGGGAGCCCAACAGAAGGUAACGGGCCUCCGGUUUCAUGCGACUUGGUCUUUCUGCCCGUCUAAUCUCGCGGAAACUCUGAACUGGGUGCGCUUCCAGGUCCCUGAACAGCCCAACAUCACCGGAUUCUGCUGGAGACUUAUUAAAAGAAAAAUUCCUACUUCAAGAACGCAUUUAAUCUUCCCAGGGUAGAAUAGGCAUACCGAGAUGUCUCUAAAGAUGGUUCAUGGGAGAUUGAGACAUAAUCCCCUCAUGGGAGGCUGAGAUAUAAUCAGAGAGGUUUGGGAUAUUUGUACCCAAAACAGGAAGGCCAAGAAAUAAAAGUUCCUGCCAGCGGUUGAGCAAGGAGGCUAGGGCUUAGCUGAGCUCCUUGGUGGGAAGGCACCAGGUGGAGGGUGGGGGAGGCACAUAAAGGACCUACCUGAAGGACCCACCCCGGAGCAUGCAUAUUCAGAAGGUGGACAGCACCAAUCCUUCACUGGACGGGCUUCAUUUCUGAGCCUAGUUCUGGAGACGGCUUUGAAUUAUCUCCCCCAUAGCUAGCUGCAGAAAUCUCCUGGUUUACUACUUCAAUAUCCUCUCUGUUACAGAGGAUGAACUAAGGAGGAAAGAACCAAAGACUCCCCAAGGAGCCAGCAAUGGGUUUCUGAACUCCCCCACCAGUGCUUCCUCUACCCCAUCACUUAACCCCACUGCUUCACCCUCUGGGCUUAGCCCCUUUGGCUUUUCAUAGGAAUCCUUAGCACACUUCAACCUGCUACCCAUCUUCACACAGGCCUGGGCAGCUGAACAUGACUGGUGAGCUGGGGAAGUUGCCUCUCAGGCCAGAGCUGACCCCUUAAUGAACCAGAAGGAAGCCAGUGCCCUCCUGACCUUAUGCUUAAGGUGGAUCCUAGGGCCUGAAGGAAAGGGGGAACUCAGCAGGGGUGUGCAGGGUUGGCAGCUCCAAAGCAUAGCCGGCUCUUCCAAGAGGGGCUGACACUGCCAUAACCCCCAUACAGCGCAAUUCAUCACCCAUGGCUGGUCACAGGUCGGGCGCCAGACCCUGAGCUCAGCAGGCGCCAGAGGUAGCAAAGGUGGCAGGAUGCAGGUCUGCCCUUAGGGUGCUCUUGGAAACACUUAGGACAUCUGGGUCUGAGAAGCAUAUGUCUGGGUGAGGAGGCCAAAGGACCCCAGCUUCAGGAUUGAUUCUGAUUUAGGGAGAGUGUAGAAAUAUGAGGCGUAGCCUCUCAGAAACCAGGAUAGUCUAUCAGUUCCCAGAAACUUGGUUUACCUGCGCUUGGGUUUGAACUAAAUAAGCCAUAGGAGUGGCUCCAAAUUUACUCUAAUUUCUCGUUGUUAUGUUAAUAAUUUUAAGGAAUAAGGUUCCCUGA